AUGGAUUCGAGGUACGAGAUCCAGAGGAGGGGCGGUGGGGGUGGGUUUAGCGGGGGCUCCGCUGGUGGGUCCCCGGCUCUGGGGGCUCAGUCGCGCCGGAGGAAGAUGCCGCCGCGGCCAGCCGAUCACAAGCUUCAGGUGAUCAUCAUUGGCUCCCGUGGCGUGGGCAAGACUAGCAUCAUGGAACGAUUUACAGACGACACUUUCUGCGAAGCGUGCAAGUCGACAGUGGGAGUUGAUUUUAAAAUCAAAACGUUGGAGCUGAGAGGAAAGAAGAUCAGACUGCAGAUCUGGGACACAGCAGGGCAGGAGCGUUUUAACAGCAUCACCUCAGCCUACUACCGCGGUGCUAAAGGCAUUGUCCUGGUCUAUGACAUCACCAAGCAGGAGACGUUUGAAGACCUCCCCAAAUGGAUGAAAAUGAUUGACAAGUAUGCUUCAGAGGAAGCCGAACUGCUGCUGGUUGGAAACAAGCUGGACUGCGAAGCUGACCGUGUAAUAACUCGACACCAAGGCGAAAGGUUUGCCGGACAGAUAUCAGGGAUGCGCUUCUGUGAAGCGAGUGCUAAGGACAACUUCAAUGUCGACGAUAUCUUUUUGAAAUUGGUGAACGACAUUCUGAAUAAGCUGCCCCUGGAGGACUCCACCAGCGAGCUGUCAAACAGCAUCCUGAGCCUGCAGCCUGAGCCGGAGGUGCCCCCAGACCUGCCCCCACCCCGCCCCCGCUGCUGCUGAGAGGGGGCAGAGCAGAGCUAGUCUAGAGCUACAGGGACCCUUUUUGCCCUCUGCUUUCGGGCCUAAAACUUCGGCACUUCUUCCCCUUGAUAACCCCCCCCCCCCCCCCCCCGGAACUACCUCACGUUCAGUGUGGCGGGGACAACUGGGUCUCAAUCAUGCCUUCCUGCAGCGAUGCGUAGGAGUAGCAGGAGCUGAUUAGGGUGUGGUAACUUCCUGUUCUUUACUUAUCCCCAUGAAAAAACAGGGAAGUGUUUAUCCUCUUCACAGCCACUGUAGUUCCUGGAUCAUGUGACAGAUGAGGGGUGUGUGAAACAUGCCCUGGAAGGUGUGUGUGUCCUAGAAUUGAUGGGAAUCAUCAUAUAAUUGAAUUACUAUUAUUCUCAGUAAUGUCAAAUGAUGAACACAUUCAAUCUCAUUCAUGGGCUCAGACUAUGCUCAUCCGUAUGUCUUCCGGUAAGUUCCGCAGACCUGCUUCCCCCACAUUUGUAAACUAGAGUACUUGCUGUGUAAAAUACUCACCCUUUCUGCAUAGAGCUUUUUGAAAAAUAAGGGACUAAGAGAAUUCUCUGUAAUGUGUUGAGCCUUACAAGGAUCGUUUCAUGGUAGUUUUUUUAGUUUACCGUUUGCCUUAUAGCAGUAUUACUGAGUCAACUGGCACAAAGGAUUUGUUUUAUGCUUGUUUUGAGCUUUUGAGAUUUGUUUUUGUAAUGUUUUUGCACUACAGUCCUUUGGAAGGUUUUGAAAAGGUUAGAGUAUCGGCUGCUGGAAGAAAUAGCAUAAUUAGAGCAGAAAAUCGUCAGCAUUAAAAACCGGAAAUCAAGUUUGUGUUCAACACAUCCAGUAUGGGUCUGUUUGAUUACACAAUAAUUCUUUUUUCUGGGCUUCAAAAUGUGUAUUGAAUUCUGAACUUCCUGAAUAUUCACAGGGCUGCCCUUCUCAAAUACACUGAGCAGUAAAGAUGUUCAUCACUGUGUUCCCUGCCUGAAAGGGACAGUUUUCAUAUGUACAGUACAGGUUUGUGUCCAGAGGGCAGAAAUGUGAAAUUACUGCUGUCAGACUGCACUUUGUCUUCUGCCCUUCAUUUAAACGGCUUGAUUGUUUGUUUCUUAUCUUUUGUCCAAGGUUUAAAUGUCACUUCCAACUGAACUUUUGUGGGCGCUCUGCAUUCCUGCAUUGUCUGAAUAAGAGGUUAUGAGGAGGGAGAGGGUGUUGGUGGGGUGUGGUGGUUGACAGAGCGGAGCAGUGUUUGUUAGAGUUGAAAAUACCCAGUGUUGAUGAAAUGCCUCUUUACUCCAGAGAAAUAUGGAUCUUUGAUUCCAGUUCAUCGGCCAUGUUUGUAGCGCCCUCUCUUGUGUAACGGAUUCCAGACCAGAUAUCAGAGACCCAAUUCAGGAAUUGUGUACCUUUUUGGAAAACAGAUUAUUUUAAAAAUACAGAAACUGGAGACCUAGAAUGGGCACGGUGUGGGCAAAUGGGUAAUUAGGAAUUGGGUAGAUAAUGUUUAUUGAUGACAACACUGUUUUGGCACAGCUUUUGGUUUUUAUUAUGUUUAUUGAUGAUAGAGCACUGUUUUGGUGCAGCUGUUGAUUUUAUUAUGGUGUAUUAAGGACCCUGGAUGUGCCCUAAUACAGAUAGUUAAUCAUCAGUUAAGAAACUGGUACCAGGAAACAUGCUGUGGUAAUUAUGACCUAAUUGCAUUUGUACACUUGAGCAGCAGGUAGUUAAUUGUUUCAAGUGCAUCUCAUCAGUAAUUAUGGCCUUGAUAACCUAAAGGCUUUAUUAUAUUUCAGACUUGCCAGGCUCCAGUCCUGUGUGCAUUUAUUUUCUUCAGCUCUGUGAAUAUGGAGCAAGUGAGUCUGAAAGUGUAGUCACUGUUUCCAAUUAUGAGCCCCCAGUAUUUUAAAGGAUAGUAUUUUGAUCAGCCUGUUUACAAUCUGCUUAUGAAGAUUAUACAGACUUAUGACUGAAACGAACACUGAUGCAAGUUUCCAUCUGGCACAAGUCAUUUGUUUUCCCCUCAUUUAAAACAAAACAAUAUUAUAGUGCAUUGCAACAUUUUGUCAUUUAUUUUUCCAACUGUGCAUUGUUCGAGUUACUAAACAAGUUUCAUGCAUUUUAGUAAGCUGGCAUGUUUUGAGCAAUUCUUUGUGAUAUUUAUAACUUGUGGCAUUCUGAAACUAAUGAAGUGCAAAUAAAGUUUUCUAUUUAUUACCCAGA